AUGGGUGCAUUACCGAGUAGGGAGACACAGCGGCGGGGUUUGUACAGCCACCGCCAUGGACGUAACCGGCGGAAUGAGGUGAUGCUUAUUCCCCUCACCGCCGAGUUCUUCCCGGACGACCACUGUCCUCUCUUUGAGCGACUCUACCAGGCGCGGCACCACCGCACAGCGAAGUACUACUACCGUGCCGUUCGUCCUGCGAGCACGGACUGGGAGUCAGACUACUACUGCCAGACAAUCGCUCACGCCUACGGUCUGGACCUGAGCGACCCGGAAGGGUUAAACAAGGACGGCGUCUUUGAGACCUCCUUCAGUGACAGCAUCGAGGGUCUCUACCACAGACUCGUGCGGGAGACAGAAUACUGCAUGUGUGAGUCGGACGAUGAGCUGCGGCAGCGAUACAUGGAGCAGCUACGACAACAACAACGGCAGCGAAAACCGCAACAACGACGGCAGGCAACAACACGACAAGCCCCUGGCACCAUGCAAGAUGAAUACUUUGGAACGGGGUCAGGCGCCUAUGUGGCCGGCUAUAGGGAUGCCUUGAACUACAUGCAAGGUAAAGAGCAACACACGCACCGAAACCGUUACGGCACCCAUGUGACGUCGCCGGCCGCCUUUUACCUCCGUCCGGUGCCAUGCGCCAUUGUAUCACGCUACGAUGCCCAGCGGCCACACGCCGAGGAGGGGGUGGAGUUUCUCGGGUCCACGGUGAAGGUGCUUGGAAUGUUUGGCCUCUUCCCCACAACAAUACCCGCAACUGUCAAUGGGGAGACCAUCGAGCAGCACAUGCUGAAAGCCACCAUGUUUGUGGAUAAAGACGUGGGCGAUCAAAUCCUCGGCAACGUUGUGAUGCUGGCGGUUCACAUGUACGUUCGACAGUGCAUGGAGGCGCACAUUCGGGCACCGUUUAUCCCCAUGGUGCCCUUUAUCCUCCGCACGCCCAUCUCUAACAUUCCCAUGCUCCAAUUUGUGCGAGAGAUGCGGGUGCGACUUCACGCGCUGCUUGACGCCGGCACCCCGCGGAACGGUGUGCGCCCGGACGUCAGUGGCUUGCACGGAGGCGUCGGCAACGGUGGUAGUAGCAACUCCCUUUCUAGCGCCGACGGCGGAGAGAUGGGUGACGCGGCCAUAGGGAAGCACGACUCGGACGCGUUUCUCUUUGAGGAGGAUAUACCGAGUGGGACGUCGCCAAGACAACUCUUCACAGAUGCGUCGGAGACAAAGUGGCUGCGGAGCCACCCAAACCAAAGCACAAACGUGGGGGGCAAGCCGCCAAUCCUUAUGGUGUCUGGUGUGAGCGUGCAGACGACCCCCUUGAAGCAUCCCUCCAUGACAAGCAUGUCACAUGUGCACCCCCCGGCGUGGGCGACCGCGACCGCCGCCGCCGCCGCCGCCAAUCCGCCCCUUCCCCAGACGAACCCGUUGCAGCAGCAACAGCAGCAGGCGGCUAGGUCGGCACUGCUUCUUGCCUGUCGCCGAAAUCGCUUUCGCAUUUGGGUCGAGGAUGGCCGGUUGUGUGUUUGGGCGAGUGCGGCGUACGCGCGUCGUGGGUGCCUCAUCCUGGCGCAGCAGCUCACCCUGACGGUGGCCAGCAACGUCUUGCCCUUGCCACGCUCGUGGAACUACCGCGGUCUUCUGCGAAGCGGCAUCCCCGUGCCAGUGCCCAUGCAACAAAAUGACGUAUUUAUUGUGGGUCAGGACAUGCCCGCUGUGGGGCUUUACCAGGGUGACGUGGUGCGCUGCAGCACCCUGCGCGAGAUUGCCGACUACCGACAGCAGCGGAGACUCUCCGCCGUCGUGAGCCCCGUCACGGCCACCACACCACAGUUUGAGAAGGCCCAGCCGCCACCUGUGUUUAACGCCCCGGGCGCUCCGUCCGCCGUUGGGUCACCCACCACGCCCGAGCAGUCAAACCCGGUGCUGAACUACAGCAGCAACCACGCCAGCAACGUUCUCCUGCAGGACUAUGGGGAGGCACCGGCGGGAGCCUUUUGGGUCCACGUCGCGUUCGAGCGUGAGCCCGUGGGGUCAUCACACAACGAAAAGGGGCGGCGCAGCAACGCGUCGGAUGUGCAGCAGUACGACUCCAUUGCAUACAGGCAGACGAAUGUGGAGGAGGUGCUCCUGUCGUGGAUCAAGGGGAUAUCCAUUCAGACUCGCGAUGCCCUUGAGACCGAAGAGCAUUGGGUGCGGGAUCCCGUCAGCGGGGAGCCGGUGCGCGUGGACCGCUACGUCAUUCGUCGCGUGGAGCAUGACGGCAUCCGCCACUUUAUCGGCGUCACCCCCCGCUUUAUUGGGCAACAGCGACGCCUCGAGAAGGGGUUAAUGGAGUUGCGGGCGAUGGAGGGGGAGGUGGCGGGCCUCAACGCGGAUGACGGCAACGAGGCGGGGGAGGACAGCGAGGGGGAGGUGGGCGGGCCGUAA